CUUCUGCGGACUCUUCUUCAAAAACAAGCAGAGGCACCGCGCCUUUCGCUGCGUCGCCUUCUUCACUGAGAGCAACCGCAGGCUGCGCAUCUGCGACGGAGACCAGGGGAGAGGAGGCGCGGGAAAGGCUGCUUUUCUUGUCUCUUCGCGGGAGUUUGGGGAUUUCCUUUCUCUCUGCGUCUCCCCCGGAAUCUUCUUCACGAUCGUCGCCGGUCAACGGCCUCGCCUUUCUCCCUAGUGUGCCCUCCCCUCAAUCUGCCGUCCUCCUCCGUGUCUCUCGUUGCUUCCCCUCUCGUUUUCUCUUUUCUCUCCUCUUCCCUCGUUCUCUCUUUUCUCUGCUCUUCCCUCGUUCUCUCUUUUCUCUCCUCUUCCCUCGUUCUCUCUUUUCUCUUCGUCCCUCGUUUCCUUUUUAGUCCCCCCCACCAUUUUCUCUCUCUUCGUUCCGCAGUCUUCCAAUUGUUUCCAAGUGGUCUCCCUCGCUGCGGUAGACAAGAUGUCGGUGCUGCAGAGGAUCGCGGAGGUGGAGGCGGAGAUCGCCAGAACGCAGAAAAACAAGGCGACAAACUUUCACUUGGGGCUCUUGAAGGCGAAACUGGCCAAGCUGCGCGCGCAGCUGAUCGAGGGAAGCACUAAGAAAGGAGGCGGUGCUGGAGGCGAAGGCUUCGAUGUUUCCAAGACAGGCGAUGCGCGCGUCGGUCUCGUCGGCUUCCCCUCUGUGGGGAAAUCGACGCUUCUCAAUAAACUCACAGGAACGUUCAGCGAAGUGGCUGCAUACGAAUUCACAACUUUGACGUGCGUCCCGGGUGUCUUCAAGUACAAAGGAGCCAAGGUUCAGCUUCUCGAUCUCCCUGGAAUCAUCGAGGGGGCGAAGGAUGGCAAAGGUCGUGGCAAGCAAGUCAUCGGCGUUGCCCGAACCUGCUCGUUGAUUCUUAUUGUGCUCGACGUGAUGAAACCUAUCACCCACAAACAGAUCAUUGAGAGAGAACUCGAGGGGUUUGGCAUUCGCUUGAACAAGAAGCCACCCAACAUCACUUUCAAAAAGAAAGACAAAGGUGGCAUCAGCGUGACGCACACUGUGCCUUUGAACAACAUCGACGAGGAGACAAUCAAGUCCAUUUGUCACGAGUACCGCAUUUCGAAUGCACAGAUUGCGAUUCGCUGCGACGCGACAGCCGACGACAUCAUCGAUGUCAUAGAAGGCAACCGUCUGUACAUUCCGUGUCUCUACGUGAUGAACAAGAUCGACCAGAUCACAAUUGAAGAGCUGGACAUCAUCAGCAAAGUGCCACACUACAUCCCCAUUUCAGCGCACCACGAGUGGAAUCUGGACGGCUUGCUGGAGAAGAUUUGGCAGUACCUGGACCUCGUGCGUAUCUACACGAAGCCGAAGGGCCAGAUUCCCGACUACAAUGCGCCAGUCAUUUUAAACAGUCGCAUGCGGCGCGUGGAGGACUUUUGCGUGCGAAUUCACAAGUCGCUGCUGGACGAGUUCAAGCUGGCGAUCGUGUGGGGGAAAAGUGUAAAGCACAAUCCGCAGAAAGUGGGGAAAGAUCACGAGCUGGUUGACGAGGACGUCGUGCAGAUUGUCAAGAAGUAGGAGCAGAGAGGCCCUGCGGCGUUCAGAGAAGAGCCCGUUGUGGCGGGUGUAUCUGUGAGUCUGCUCUGGGGUGGGUGAGAGGCUUCGAGAGAAGAAAGGAAGAAAACUCUCGCCUUCGGAGGGAACAGUGGGAAGGCAAGACGCGAAAUGGAGCACGCGGGGAACGACGCAGGAGACGCAUUUUCGGCUAGGUAGCGUUGUCAGGGUCUUUCCUUCUGCCCUUCGAGUUUGUAUAGUACCUGUCGAGAUCCGUCGACCUCUUUUGUCGGUUCGUGCUUCUCUUCGCCUCUUGCGCGUCUCUGCCUUUUUCUGUGGCUGCGUUUUCCGGUGGCUGGUGUACGUGACUCUUGGCUAUCUUGUCUCUGCGCUCCCUUACCGCUUCUUCGCUUCGUUUCUCUUUUCCUCCGUUUCCGCGCCGCCCCUCUUCGCGGAGGUAGCGUGGCAUUCGCGGGGGACGAGUGCUUGGCUUCUGUCUCGGUGGAUGUACACCCUGCCGCUCUUUUGCUGGACGAGGCCGAGGGUGGCUUCCAAAGGCUGGAACACUUGGUUCUCCUUGCGUCGUCUCCCCGGAGUGAUCAAGAGGGAAAGGACCUGCAGCAGAUGUGAAGGUGCCUGUUGUCUCUUUUGAAUCUGCUGGGUUCGUUCUCGUCACGUCAGGUCUUCCACUGUUGUUUGUUCUCCAACUGAAGUCUUUCAACCUGUCUACACGCGCUGGCGCGAACGUGUCUCUCCGUGGCUCUGGCCGCCUCUCUCUAGCGCAAGUGGCCAGGAUGCGCUUGUCAAUAUUCGAG